AUGGGCUACGAUUACGCAUUGGUGCAUGUCAAGUACACCAUCCCUCUGGCGGGACUGCUCACUUUUAUCUCAUACCCUCUCUUUACGCGCAUCGAUGUCGUGAGGACUCUCUUCAUCGUCACAAUCGCCUUCACGGCCACGAUUCCUUGGGACUCGUACCUGAUCAGAACCGGCAUCUGGACGUAUCCCCCAAAUGCAGUCUUGGGACCGACACUGUUUGAUAUCCCAAUCGAGGAGCUGUUCUUCUUCGUCAUACAAACCUACAUCACCGCUCAGCUCUACAUCAUCCUCAACAAACCCGUGCUUCAUGCUCAGUACCUGAACUCCCCCACCACUCUCCCCAGAUGGAUAAAGACCGCCAAGCCCCUUGGCCAGCUGGCGCUCUUCAGCAGCGUCCUCUUGGGCGCAUGGCUGAUCGCGAAAGAGGGUGAAGGUACCUACCUUGGCUUGAUUCUGGUGUGGGCAUGCUCUUUUGCCCUCUUCACCUGGACUAUUACGGCGCAGUUCCUCCUGGCCCUGCCAUUGGCAUGCACCGCUCUCCCCAUCCUCCUGCCCACAAUCUACCUAUGGGUUGUUGACGAGAUGGCUCUGGGUCGCGGCACCUGGGCCAUUGAGAGCGGCACGAAACUGGAGUUCAAGCUCUUUGGCAGCCUCGAAAUUGAAGAAGCAACCUUCUUCCUGGUCACCAAUAUGCUCAUUAUCUUUGGCGUGGCAGCUUUUGACAAGGCGGUCGCCGUCUGCGAUGCCUUCCCAGACAAAUUCGAUAAGCCGGCCGACGCCUUGUCCAUGUCACUGCUGCGAGCCCGCGUUUACCCGUCCUCCCAAUAUGAAAUGGAACGCAUCUUGGGCAUCCGCCAGGCCGUCACCAGACUGGCCAGGAAGAGUCGCAGUUUUCACCUUGCCAGCUCCGUCUUCCCAGGCCGCCUGCGCAUCGACCUGACGCUGCUCUACUCCUACUGCCGUCUAGCCGACGAUCUCGUCGAUGAUGCCGAGACCCCUGACGAAGCCGCCUCCUGGAUCUCCAAACUCGACCGUCAUCUCAGCCUGCUCUACAAAGACCCCGACGCGACCUCGGCGCCUCUUGCCUCGAAAUACGCUGCGGAAAACUUUCCCGGGUCAGCCCUCUCGGCACUGGACCUACUCCCCUCGUCGCUCAUCCCCCGCGAACCCCUCGCCGAGCUACUCAAGGGCUUUGAGAUGGACCUCUCCUUCAGCAAGGAAACGUUCCCGAUCACGGACCCCGAGGAUCUCGAGCUCUACGCCGCCCGCGUCGCCAGCACCGUCGGCCAGGCGUGCCUUGAGCUGGUCUUCCGUCACUGCCAGCACAACCUGCCGGACUACAUGCAAGCCUACCUCCGCAACACGGCACGCCAGAUGGGCCUCGCGUUGCAGUUCGUCAACAUUGCCCGUGACAUCGCCGUCGAUGCCAAGAUUGGGCGCGUCUACCUCCCCACGUCCUGGCUCAAGGAGGAGGGCUUGACGCCCAAGGACGUCCUCGCGAACCCAAACAGUGAAGGGGCCGGUAAGGUCCGCCGCCGUAUCCUCGCAAAGGCCUUUGACCACUACGGCGAGGCCAGGGACUCGAUGAAGUGGAUUCCCUCCGAGGCGCGCGGUCCCAUGGUUGUCGCCGUCGAGAGCUACAUGGAGAUCGGCCGGGUCCUCAUGCGCAAUGGCGGGGCUGCAGCGGACGGGAGCGGUCGGGCUACAGUACCCAAGUCGCGUCGCGUCUGGGUUGCCUGGAGCACGUUGAUGGCCGCGUAG